AUGUAUUCUCAACACUCCUUCACUGUGCCAUCUUCAUCUGCCUUCAAUCAAAAUGCAAUCUUUGGUCCCAUGUUGGCCACCAUAGGUCUCACGUUCAUUGUGUGGUUCUACAUGUAUGUUCGUAGAAUUAGGCUCAUCCUCACUUCGAAAGUAAAUCCAAAUGAUUUGACACCUGCCAUGUUGGCACAAAUGUCACCUCCUGCUGUAGCCAAUCCAUCCGACAAUUUGAAAAACCUUUUUGAAGUACCAGUGAUUUUCUAUGCAUUGGUGGUGUAUUUGUUUGUGACUCAUCAGGUUGAUUCUUUUUAUGUGUCAUGUGCAUGGAUUUUUGUGGCAUUUCGUUGUUUGCAUAGUUUGGUGCAUUGCACGUUCAAUCUUGUGAAUUUGCGUUUUACUGUCUACAUUAUUUCGACUUUGUCUUUGAUGGUCAUGUUUGUGAGAGCUUCGAUUGCAUAUUUAAAGUAG